UGAACACAUUCGCUCUCAGUCUUACUUUACACUUUUGAGACUCAAAUUCCUGAGUUCAGUUACAAACUUGUGAGCAUUGUUACUCUCAUUCUAAUCUGCAGAAUACUCUUACUUUCCCUUGAGAUCACCAUGAACAAAGUGGGUGAAGCUUUUCUGUCUGGUUUCAUCACUGUUCUCCUGGAGAGGUUCAUUUCAGCUGAGACUUACAACUUGGUGGUGGGGAAGAAGCUUGGCCCUGAGUUGGUGAGAAGGCUGAAGACUGCUCUCUUGGCUGCUGAAGCUCUGGUUGCUGACGCUGAGCAGAAGCAGUUUGGUAACCAAUUGGUGAAGAAGUGGCUGGAUGAUCUGAGGGAUGCUGUCUACAAGGCUGAUGACUUGCUGGACCGUUUCUGCAUCAAAGCUGCAACUCAGAAGCAGGUACCAACUUUCUUGCCUAGCUUCCUCAAUUUUGAAGAAAGGAAGAUGGUCAAUGAGAUAGUAGAGGUGGUUAGAACUAUUGAAGAUCUUGAGAAAUGCAAAGAAAACCUUGGCCUUGAAAAGAUUCCCACUGGUAGCUCCUCAUGGAGAGUUCCAUCCACUUCUCUUGCAAGAGGGAAUGUGUAUGGCAGGGAGGAUGACCAGAAGGCCUUAGUCCAGAUGCUGAAUGACAACAAUGAGCAUCACUUGUCUGUGAUCUCUAUUGUUGGCAUAGGUGGGGUUGGUAAAACAACUUUAGCCCAAUGGCUGUACAACAAUGAAGAGGAGUUCAUGAAGGGAUUUGAUCUGAAGGCAUGGGUUUGUGUUUCAGAAAAUUUUGAUAUUGUUGAGAUUACAAGGAAUGUCUUGAAAGGGAUCCUUGGAGAUACUUGUAGUCUCGACGAUUUCAAUUCACUUCAACAUGCUUUGAAAGAAAAAUUGUUGAAUAAGAAGUUCUUUGUUGUCUUGGAUGAUGUUUGGAGUAAUGAUCAACAUCAAUGGAGAAAUUUUAUAACCCCUUUUCAAUACGGGGCUAAGGGAAGUACUAUUCUUCUCACUACUCGCAAGGAAAAUGUUGGUUUAGUUGCUCAAACAAAUUAUCAACCUCUCAUCCUCAACACGUUGUCAGAAGAUCAAUGUUGGUCGGUGUUUGCAUCCAGUGCAUCUUUUCCAGAAUCAAAUGGGAGCCCUGCACUUGAAGAAAUAGGCAAAAAGAUAGCUAAGAAGUGUGAUGGUCUGCCAUUAGCAGCAGAAACACUUGGUUGCCUCUGCAGAAACCAUGACGCUGAGGAGUGGGGAAAAAUAUUGAAGAGUGAUAUUUGGGAGUUUUCUAUGAAUGACAGUAAGAUAAUCCCAGCAUUAUUAAUAAGCUACUUUCAUCUACCUCCAUAUUUGAAACGUUGUUUUGUUUAUUGUUCAUUGUUUCCCAAAGAUUAUAAAUUUAAGAAAGAGGAAUUAAUCAUGUUGUGGAUGGCAGAAGAUCUAUUACGGGUAUCAAAUAGAAGAGAGACUUUAGAAGAAGUUGGUAGCAAAUAUUUUGACGAUUUAGCUUCUAGAUUAUUUUUUAAAGAGCAUCAAGAUUAUUAUGACCGUUUUGUGAUGCAUGAUCUCUUACAUGACUUGGCAAUAUUCCUUGCUGGAGAUUUCUACUGUAGAUUAGAUGAACUUGGUGAAGAAGAGGAGUUGGUGAGUUUGACUCGUCAUUUGUCAUUUGGAAAAUUGAAUCGUUCAGUCUCAAAAAAUUUUAAUUCCAUUGCUACAUUCGAAUCUUUGAGGACAUCCUUGUAUGUCAACGAUUUGUUUAGCAUGGAAAGCGUAGCAUCAAAGCUUAAAUACUUGAGAGUUUUAUCCUUUGAUGAACUUGAUGUGGUGCCUAAUUCAAUAGGAGAAUUGAUCCAUCUGCGCUACUUGGACCUCUCUCGGACUGAUAUUAAGACAUUGCCAAAGUCUUUGUGCAGCUUGUCUAAUUUGCAAACACUGAAAUUGUAUUAUUGUCGUAAGCUAGCUACGCUGCCUAGUGGUUUGCAUAAUCUUGUGGGUUUGCGGCAUCUUGAUAUUAGAGAAACUUCUUUGGAAGAAAUGCCCGGAAAAAUGAGCAAAUUGAAUCAGUUGCACGCUUUAAGUUCCUUUGUUGUUGGCAAGCACGAAGACAAUGGAAUCCAGGAGUUAGGAGGGCUGGUAAAUCUUCAUGGAUGCCUUGAGCUUAAGAAGUUGGAGAAUAUUGUUGAUGUGAAAGAAGCAAAGAGUGCAAAGAUAAUGGAUAAGAAGCAUAUUGACGAAUUAUGGUUGGAAUGGUCUUCAGGUGAUGAUUUGGUUUCAAGCACAGAAACAGAAAGAGACAUGCUGGAUAACUUGCAACCGCAGAUUGGGUUGAAAGGGUUGACAAUCAAGGGAUACAAGGGUACAAUAUUUCCAGAUUGGUUGGGGAACUGUUCCUACGAAAACAUGACACGUGUAUCUCUAAACUCUUGCAAGAAUUGCUGCAUGCUGCCUUCACUUGGACAGCUGCCAUCUCUCAAGUCCCUGCGCAUUGAAGGUUUCCAUCAGGUGAGGAGUAUUGGCGAGGAGUUUUACAAGAAUGAAGGAGAUCAUCAUUCUUCGCAUAUUGCACCGUUUCCCUCACUGGAGACUUUGGUAUUUUCUAACAUGGCAUGUUGGGAGGUGUGGCACGUAUCUGAGUCGGAAACUUUUCCUCAACUUAGGAAGCUUCAAAUAAGAAAUUGUCGAAUGUUGAAGGAAGAGAUGCGUAAUCAGGUAUUCUUCAGAAUCGUUUCUUCUUUGUCGGAUGUUUCCAAAGUUCGCAAACUACAUAUAGCCACAAACUUUAUAGUCCGGCACACCGAGGCCAUGUAUCUUGAUGGGGAUAGUUUAUCAAUUCUGGGAUGUAAAUCUGUGAUGGAGUCUGCAUUGAAGGCAAUGAUAAGCAUCAACCAUCUACGUUGCCUCCAACAAAUACACAUCUUGUGCUGUAGAAAACUAGAAUUCCCACAGCUACAGCAGCACAAGUAUGAUUUGGUAGAGCUAAUAAUACAACACAGCUGUGAUACACUGAUCUCGUUGUCGUUGGAUGUCUUUCCCAAUCUCAAGAAUCUCAAGAUAGAAAGGUGUAGGAAUCUGGAAUCAGUGUCAAUGUCAGAGGCACCACACGCUGCUCUUCAACGUCUCUCCAUUACUAACUGCAACAAAUUAGUGUCAUUAGCAGGAGAAGGACUGGCUGCACCCAACUUGACUCAUCUCAAGAUAACAGGGUGCGCAAAGUUGGAGGCAUUACCACUUGACAUGAAGAGUCUACUCCCAAGUUUACACUCUCUCCACAUAUAUGGUUGCCCAAACAUUUGCAGGUUGGCGGAGGGUGGUUUGCCGCCUAACUUGAAAUCACUUGAAGUGGGAAUUGGCGAGCAACAAAUGAGGGAUCUAUCAUGGAUGGCCAACUUGGACGCCCUCACUCAUCUUUCCAUUAAUGGUUAUUACUGCGACAACAUAAAGUCAUACCCAGAGGUGGGUUCGCUGCCUCACCUUCCCUCCCUUACCACUCUUGAGAUAUGGGAGUUUAAGAAUCUGGAGACAUUGGAGUGCAACGAGCUUCUCCGCCUCACCUCCCUUCAACAAUUGCGCAUUUUUGAAUGCAAGAAGCUGGAGAAUAUGGAAGGAGAAAAGCUGCCUCCCUCUCUCUUGCUACUCAAAAUUGACAACUGUGAUUUGCUGGGAGAACACUGCAAGAACAAACAUCAACUAAUCUGGCCCAAAAUUUCCCCCGUUCCCACCAUUGAAGUGGACUCCCAACAAAUUGUCUGAACAGAGAUUUCUGUGCAGAGAUAGUGUUCAACAUGCUAUCUGAAUUUUGAUAACAUAUUGUACCAUAUCUAUCCUUAUCAACAAGAACUAGAAGAUUUUCCCAAGGUGAACUCGAUAUAGCUAAUGUCAUUAGAAGGUCAAGUUGCGAUGAAGCCAUCAGACAACAAUUUCAUCUCUAUCAACUUCACUUAUUGUGUGUCAGGAGAAUGCCUCUGAGCUGUGCAUGAGAUACAUUGAGGAAUAAGCAGCAAUACAGAAACAUGGGAAUACCCUUGCUGUCACUUGAGCAGAGAAGGUCAAAUAUUCUGAAAAUAGAAACAGUGUCUAUUGCAGAAAAGGAGAAGGAAACUUGAAAGCUAAAAUGUUGUGGAUAGUUAGCUGCAAUGGUCAAUACAAUGCAUAUAUGAAGAGGCUUGAUUGAGUUGGAGAAUAUGGCAGGAGAAAAGUUGAUGGAUCUAGAGGUAUUGAUAUUUGAAGAGUUGCAGCAUAACCCUUUACGAAGGGGCAUCAAGAGAUAGAAACUGCUAUGCUGGAGGAUUUGCUUUCUUUCUGGAUUCAACCAUUAAAAUGUGCAUUAGGCAGCUUCUUGGCAAUUGCAACUUGGUGAGCAUGUUAAAAGGAAUGCAACAAUGUUGAACACAUCAUUGUGUAUUUAUCAAGCAGGAUCUUAUCAUAGUCCUUCAACUUUGAGGUGUGAUUGCUAUCGAGUUCUCUAGCCAAAAAGUUCGUAAACAACGGCUGUCUAUUGUAUCAUUGAUUUCACCAUUUAGUUUGUGUGUUAAUGGUCUUGUACAAGAGUUCUACAUGUAUGCUUAUUGGUGCUUGUAAGUUUUGAGACUUGUUUGUAGCUUUGAUUCGAAAAUAGUGAAUAUUUUUACCUUCC